AUGGUGCCCACUUUCCGCCCAAAGGACGAGUCGCCAGAGGAAGUGGAGCGGGCGCGGCUCGCCGCCGUCGAGGCGCUGCGGCGGCUGGAGGCGUCCGCCGCGCCCGCCGAGGCGGAGAGGGAGCGGCUGGCCGCCUUCCGCAGGCGCUACCCCGUCGGCGACGGCAUCUUCGAGCUCUUGGCGAGGCAGCCGGCCGAGGUGCAGUCCGCGGUGCUCUCGAGGUUCUGCCCGCCGGAGGAGGGCCUGUCCGACUGCUCGGCGCUGCUGGACAGCCUCCUCCAGACCAUCAAAAAAGCGCGAGGGCUUCUGAGAGGUGCUGCGGUCGGCGCUCCUGCCCCCCUGCGAGCAGUGCCGACGUCGAGAACGGAGUACCGCGCGCGCGCGUGCUCCCGAAGGCAACGUAGAACGCUGCCGCUGCGGUUUCUUUUUCCUGCAUCGGUGGGGUGCUGCUGGACGGCCCUACCAUCAUCAUUGAGACGCAUUCGGAUUCCGCACCUGUCCUGUGUUCCCGUGGCCGACGGUGUCCAGACGCCGCUGCUGCUGCUGUCAUUUGCAUCGGGGACGUCGGGCGCAGUCACGCCUUGGCACUCGGAAUGCGCGCUGACCUUUCGAGCACAGCUCGGAUGGUCGAGCAAAAAUACAACGGUUAGAUACAACAGAUACGUUGCACUAUCGCCUUUUGCA